UAAGCGAAAGACGCAUCCUUUGUCGAAGAUCAAGACCGAAAGACUCUUUACAACAAUGAUUUUAUCUUGUAGAAGAAGGAGAGCCAGCCGUGGUGGCAACAACAAGAGCGAGCUUUUAGACGGCAAUUUACACAUGGAGAUCACGAUUCCAAGUCACUUUCAGUGCCCGAUCUCUCUUGAUUUGAUGAAAGAUCCAGUCACGUUGUCUACUGGGAUCACGUAUGAUCGAGAAAGCAUCGAGAAGUGGAUCGAAGCGGGCAACCAAACUUGUCCCGCGAGUAACCAGGUGUUGACGAGUUUGGAUCAAAUCCCAAAUCAUGCAAUACGCAGGAUGAUUCAAGAUUGGUGUGUUGAGAAUCGUUCUUAUGGGAUUGAAAGGAUACCGACGCCUCGAAUUCCGGUGACUCAUUAUGAGGUUUCAAAGAUUUGUUCUAGAAUUGCGGUCUCAACUCAACGUGGGGAUCACAAGAGUUGCCGAGAAUUGGUUGGGAAGAUCAAGGCAUGGGGAAAGGAGAGCGACCGUAACAGGCGGUGCGUUGUGAACAACGGAACUGGUUAUCAGUUACCGGAAACUUUCCACUCUUUCGCAAGUACUGUUUCGUUUGAGAAACAUGUCGACCUGUUGAAAGAGAUCUUAUCCGUCUUGGCAUGGACGUUCCCACUUGGUGAAGAAGGCCAAUCGAAGUUAGGAUCGGAAACAUCUUUAGGCGGCAUGGUAUGGCUUUUGAAGAGUGGAGAUCUUUCUGCAAGGCAAAACGCAGUUUUAGUACUCAAAGAGCUUCUUUCUUUAAACCAACGACACGUUGAUUCCUUGGCAAAGAUUGAAGGAGUCGCUGAAGCUUUGGUUCAGAUUAUUAGGGAGCCUAUUUGUCCAAAGGCUACCAGGGCUUCUUUAACAACCAUUUUCUACAUGAUUUCUCCAUCUGCGACGGGUGUGAGAUUUACGUCAAGAUUUGUGGAACUGGGCUUGGUUCCGCUAAUACUAGAAAUCCUUGUUGACGCAGAAAAAGGAAUAUGUGAGAGGACUUUGGGUGUUUUGGCUGGUAUUUGCGAUUCUAAAGAAGGGAGAGAAGAGGCAUAUAAGAGUGCUCUAACCAUGCCUCUUUUGGUGAAGAAGAUGUUAAGGAUAUCAAAGUUAGCGACGGAGUUUGCAGUCUGCAUUCUUUGGAAGCUCUGCAGGAAAGACAAGAAGGACGAGGGUGGUGUUAUAGUUGAGGCACUUCAAGCAGGUGCUCUUCAAAAGCUUUUGGUUCUCUUGCAGGUUGGCUGUGGUGAGAGCAUAAAGGAAAAGGCCACCGAGUUGUUGAAAUUGCUGAAUGUUCACAGGAUUAGGUUAGACUGUGUUGAUCCAUCGAUGGAUUUCAAGUACCUCAAGAGACCAUUUUGAGUCAUUAGAGUUUUUCUCUUUUACUUGCGCAUCUCAGAGAAGAAAAGCAUACAAUUAAGCCACACAGAUAUAGAUCAAUAGUAUUCAGUUAUAGGACCCCCCCAAAAAAAACGUACAAAGAAACAGGAAUUUUUGUGUCGAUAGCACUCAUUCUGAUGAAUCUACGUCCAUUAGAACUGUUUUGACA